AUUUCUAAAUGUAGGUCGGAUGCGUUAUUUCUUUUUUUGGCUCCGCUUGACAUCAGUAGUGUUGUGGGGAAGACAUUUACAGACGGACAGUGAUUAUUUCCUGUUGUACGUAAAGUUUAGCAGUUCGUCAACAAACAGCAUCCCCAUGCUGACAAUAAGAUAAACAUAUAUCAGUUAUUUGAAAUGACACAAUCAUUCUACGAGGUUAUAUAACGUACUGUUUACAUAUGAUUAGAAACAUUGUAGAAAUGCACUUUCGCGGGUUUACAAAGACGAAGCUAAAUGAAGCUAAUUUAAAAGGUCGUAGAUGGCACCCAUGCUGAGCACUCAGUGAAAGAGAGAAAGUACAGAUGUUACUGAGGAUGUGGAGGGCAGGUCGUGUCCUGAGGCUGGCAGGAAGAGGAGCAGCCCGACUCUGUUCCAGCAACCCACGAAACCCGGCGUCCUUCUCUUCAUCGAAGUCAAACUCCACUCCACGGCCCCAAGCUGAGAAACAGAGGCGUAGACGAGAGCGAGAAGAGGCCAUACUGUCAAGUCAGCAUAGUACUACUGAAGAUAAAGCAGUGAAAUGGAGUGAGAAGCAGAAGAUAGUGUACACUGCUCAAACAUCUCCCGGGUCAAAGAAAGAUACCAGCUCGCUGUUCCCAUCCUCGUACAGUCCAGAAUAUGUGGAGUCCAGCUGGUAUCAGUGGUGGGAGAAAGAAGGAUUCUUCAGUCCAGAGCAACAUGAGAGGUUAUCUCACGCUGUGGAUCAGACCUUCUCUCUGUGUAUCCCUCCACCAAACGUGACUGGUACUCUGCACCUGGGCCAUGCUCUAACUGUAGCUGUAGAAGACUCUCUGGUUCGAUGGAGGAGGAUGCAGGGCUACAGAGUAUUGUGGGUCCCUGGUUGUGACCAUGCGGGUAUUGCAACACAGACAGUGGUGGAGAGGAGACUGCUGAGGGAAGAAGGGAAGGGCAGACAGGACUUGACCAGGCAAGAGUUUCUACGGGAGGUGUGGAAAUGGAAGAACGAGAAAGGAGAAGCGAUCUACCACCAGCUGAGGACACUCGGAGCUUCUCUGGACUGGAGCAGAGCGUGUUUCACUAUGGAUCCAGGCUUCAGCAGGGCUGUGACUGAGGCCUUUGUCAGGCUGUGUGACUCUGGUCUCAUCUAUCGCUCAGAGGGUUUAGUUAACUGGAGCUGUGCUCUGCAAUCUGCCAUCUCUGACAUAGAGGUUGACUCAAAGGAGCUGUCUGAGCAGACCAUGUUGUCUGUUCCUGGUUAUGAAAACAAGGUCGAGUUUGGGACAAUGCUUACCUUUGCAUACCCUAUAGAAGGCCAUGAUGGAGAGGUGGCAGUGUCCACCACCCGUCCUGAGACUAUGCUGGGAGAUGUGGCUAUAGCUGUUCAUCCUGAUGAUCUUCGAUAUCAGGCUGUUCAUGGGAAGCAGUGUAGACACCCCUUCACCAACAGACUCCUGCCCAUCAUCACUGAUUCAGUGGUGGACAUGGAGCAAGGAACUGGUGCAGUGAAGGUGACUCCUUCUCAUGACCACACUGACUUCCUGCUGUCACAAAGACACUCACUGCCACGCCUUACUGUGAUUGGAGGAGAUGGGACCAUGACGCCGGCCUGCGGACAGUGGCUGGAGGGAGUGAAGCGUUUUGAUGCCAGACAGCUUGUUGUGGAUGCCCUGGUUGAGAAGAAGCUCUUCAGAGGAAAGAAGAAUCACGCCAUGAUUUUACCCAUCUGCAGCCGCUCUGGAGAUGUCAUUGAACCUCUUCUAAAGAAGCAGUGGUUUGUCCGCUGUGAUGAAAUGGCUAAAAAAGCUAUACAGGUUGUGGAAGACGGACAGCUGGAAAUCAUUCCUCAUUUCUACACCAAGAAAUGGAAGAAUUGGCUGUCCAACAUCAGUGAUUGGUGCAUUUCCAGGCAGCUUUGGUGGGGUCAUCAGAUCCCUGCUUACCGAGUGGAGCUUCCUCAUUUUACUGAAAAACAAGAGGAGCAGUGGGUUUGGGGACGGAGCGAGGAUGAGGCCCGACAGAGAGCUGCUGUCAAAUAUAGAGUGAAGCCGGAAGCCAUCAAUUUGACUCAGGACCCUGAUGUCCUGGACACAUGGUUCUCCUCUGGACUGUUUCCCUUCGCCAUGCUUGGCUGGCCUGAGCAGACCACUGACCUUCAACGCUUCUACCCCAAUUCCAUUCUGGAGACGGGUAGUGACCUUAUCUUCUUCUGGGUGGCAAGGAUGGUGAUGCUGGGCACAGAGCUAACUGGAAAGCUGCCUUUUAAACAGGUGCUACUUCACUCUCUGGUGAGAGAUAAACAUGGCAGGAAAAUGAGUAAAUCUCUGGGAAAUGUCAUCGAUCCAUUAGAUGUUAUACAUGGAGUCUCUCUAGAGAGACUUCAAGAGAAAGUCAAGAAGGGGAACCUUGAUCCCAGGGAGCAUCUGGUUGCCAUGGAAGCACAGAGAAGAGACUUCCCUAAAGGGAUUCCUGAGUGUGGGACUGAUGCUCUGAGAUUUGCCCUUUGCUCUCACAAGAUGCAGGGAGAAGACAUCAGUCUGUCCAUCUCUCAGGUCCUGAGCUGCAGACACUUCUGUAAUAAAAUGUGGCAGACGCUGAGAUUCACACUGGGAGUUCUGGGUGACAACACAACACCAGUGGGAAAACUGGACGAGACGACUCCCCUGAGCAGCAUGGACCGGUGGAUCUGCUCCAGACUCUACAGCACAGUAGUACACUGUGAGCAGGCCUUUGAAUCUUACGAACUGCAUACAGUCACAUCUGCCCUGUACUCCUUCUGGGUACACAGCAUGUGUGAUGUCUACAUGGAGUAUCUGAAGCCUGUGCUGAUCCAGCAGGAUGAGGUGGCAGUGGUCCAGACUAACACAGUAAGGCAGGUGGCCAGCAGUGUCCUCUAUCACUGUGUGUCCACUUCUCUGGCCCUGCUGUCCCCCUUCAUGCCCUUCAUCACUGAGGAGCUGUGGCAGAGACUCCAGCCAUUUAGACCUGAAGCUGCUGCCCAGACCAGCCUGUCUUUACAGCGGUACCCCCACUCCUCUCAGCUGGUACACUGGCAUUUCCCUGAAGAGGAAAGAGAUUUCCUGCUGGUCCAGGAAGUGAUCCGAGUGACCCGCUCACUACGAGCCCAGUGUGGCAUGACCAAAGAAAAACCUACAAUGUGGGCAGAAUGUUCACCAAGCCAGGCCGAAGUUCUCCUUCGCUUUAGCUCAGCUGUUUGUACUUUGAGCCGGAUCUCUAGCCUCCAUAUCUACAGUCCUCAUAGAGCAGACAACCUCCUCUCUGUCCACGUCACUCCUCCACCUAAAGGAAGCCUCAUCGGUGUGGUAGACCACACAUGUCAGCUACAUCUUCACGUUCAGAGUGGGAUGAACAUUGAGAAACAGAUCCUGCAGCUCUCCCAGAGCAGAGAAAAGCUUGUUCCAAAGCUAGAGGAAAUCCUCUGCAGAGUCCAAUCUCCAGACUACCUGACCAAAGUUCCUGCUCAUGUCAGGCAGCAGACGGACAGUAAGGUGUCAGCUUUACAGCAGAAACUAAAGACCAUUGAGGACCAGCUGAAGGUCCUGCAAGACACUCAACCAACAGAAUAAACACAGCCAGCCGGUAUUACAAUAACUAUGGACUACUGGACUGGGCUGAACUGUAGUUUAUUGAGUAUUGAGUUGGAGAUCUCUACACCACUUGAUUGAAGGAGAAAUAGCAUCAUAAAAUCAUUGUGUUGUUCAUAUAAUGCAAUAUCUCUCUCUCAAACUACUGCAUGAUACUGCAGUACUGCACUGUAUAACUAACAACUCACCUACACACAGCGCUGUGGCCGGCUGAAGGUAUCCAUGGCAAGAGACUUAAAUGUAUGUGUUGUUGGUAAUACAUGGCCUUUUAAGAGUUAAGAUUACAGAAUGGCCAUACUGUUAACAAUUCUUCGUAGUUAUCAUUGUUUUGAAAACAAAUGUGUAUUGUUGGGGAUGGAGAGGGAGAGAAUCUUCUCAAUCUCCCAAUUGUAGUGACGACAAGGAAAAAAUCACUUCAGGAAAGCUUGGGGUCUGGACAACAUUAAAACAAAAAUGCUCAAACAUGGUAAGAUAUUAACUUAUUUUAUUGAUUUUAAUAAAGCUUUCGACUUUG